AUGCCAUUGAUACCGAAAAAUUACACCUGGCAGCAGAAAUCCAAUAGCUCCGAAGAUACUGCCGCUGAUGGCCAAUCAUCCGACAUUGUGCUACGCGUACCGUUUCCCGGAAAUCGUUUGCAACCGGAUGACAUCUUCACAACGGAACAGUUCCUGAAAAUAUCGCGUUCACCACACUACUGGGAAUUGUUCCUGUGUCAUCCGAUCGAUCCUGACGCGAGCCACUGUAGCAUCCUAGAGCAUGAGGUAGUAUUCGAGCUGGUCAAGCGAGAUCCAACCCUGCGUUGGGAUGCGGUCGAGUUGGAUGUACCGCGAGCGGAAAGGGUCACCCUCAAGGAACGCUAUCUAGCGCAGCACCAGAAGCAUCUGGAGGAACGGGCCAAGGAACGGGCGGUGGAAAAGGAUCGUAAAAAGAAGGAAGAAAUACAUCGUCAAAUCGAACGGGAACGGAACGACCGUACCGCCAUCGAUACGCUGCUGGAAGAGUCAGCGCAGCGGGAACUGAAGCGAAUGGAACUGGCAAUGGUAAAGGAGUAUCGUCCAGAUCCUUCAAAAAAUGUACCAACUGAGCAGAAAAGUUCAUCCACCAUUCGCCCUGUUUUACCUGCAGCACCCAAUGUUGUCCCCGGUGCACCUCAAUCACCGCCGGCAGUGCGUCGUUCCGGCACGCUCGAGGUAACGUUCAGCGAUCGAACUUUUGUAACACCGAAGCGUGAAUCGAUGGAACAGGCCGAACAGGAGUGGACCCGCAAGCAGGCCGCCGCCCGCCGUUCGGUAGGCUUCGCCGACGACGACCUCCGUCCGGACGAGCGUAAUCCCGAGUGGCUCAAGCAGCGAGGCGAUACGUUUUUCCAGCAGAAAAACUUUCUGGCCGCCAUUUCGGCGUACAGUGCCGGGAUACGGCUUACGAAGGAUUACUAUGCGCUGUUCCUAAACCGGUCCGCUGCACACUUGGCGCUCGAAAAUUAUCAACGCUGCGCAGAAGAUUGCUCAACAGCGUUGCAACUUUUGCAACCGCCGGUUGAAGCGAAUCGUAAGGCACGGGUAGCUUGCCUUGCCCGGCGAGCAGCCGCACUUGUGAAGCUAGGAUUUCUUCAGCAAGGAUACGACGAAAUGGUGGCUGCCAGUCGGCUCGAUCCGGAGGAGGGAAGUCUUCGGACCGAGGUGGACCGUUUGAGGCGUGUUCUGGACGAGCGGGCUGAGGAGGACUCAGAAUCGGAUGAAUAA